CAUUGUUGCCAUUCUAAAACAUUCGCCUUGGUUGUAUUAAAAUAGUAGCAGCAAAAAUAUACUGUCAAUAAACGUCGAUAAAAUUUUUCAUUCGGUAGAUUUUUUUCAUUUGCAAAAGAGAUCCAAAUUAACUGAAAUCUACAUAGCAGAGUGUCAGUUAAACAUAAAUUUCAAUACAGAGCUACCGAAACUUUAAAAGCCAUUCAAAAUGGGUUCACUAUUUCGUAGUGAGGAAAUGACAUUAUGUCAGUUAUUUCUUCAAAGUGAGGCAGCCUAUGCCUGUGUAUCGGAAUUAGGAGAAUUGGGAUUAGUACAAUUCAGAGAUCUAAAUCCUGAUGUUAAUGCAUUUCAACGAAAAUUCGUCAAUGAAGUUAGACGUUGCGAUGAAAUGGAGCGUAAAUUGCGUUAUUUGGAAAAGGAGAUUAAAAAGGAUGGCAUACCCAUGUUAGAUACUGGUGAAAGUCCUGAAGCUCCUCAACCAAGAGAAAUGAUUGAUUUGGAGGCUACUUUUGAAAAACUUGAAAAUGAAUUACGUGAAGUUAAUCAAAAUGCCGAAGCUUUAAAGCGUAACUUUUUGGAGUUGACCGAAUUGAAACAUAUUUUGCGUAAAACUCAAGUGUUUUUCGAUGAGGCGGUACCAUCGAUAACAUAUAAUACAACAUCCUAUAAAUCCCGACGUUAUCGACAGAUGGCCGAUAAUCAAAAUGAAGAUGAACAAGCCCAACUGUUGGGCGAAGAAGCUGUACGCGCUAGUCAACCAGGACAAAAUUUAAAAUUGGGCUUUGUGGCUGGUGUUAUAUUGCGUGAAAAAUUGCCAGCAUUUGAGCGUAUGUUGUGGCGUGCCUGUCGUGGUAAUGUGUUUUUGCGUCAAGCCAUGAUUGAAUCACCAUUAGAAGAUCCCUCAAAUGGCGAUCAAGUUUACAAAUCAGUUUUCAUUAUUUUCUUCCAAGGUGAUCAGCUUAAAACUCGUGUUAAGAAAAUCUGUGAAGGUUUUAGAGCCACUUUAUAUCCUUGCCCCGAGGCACCAGCUGAUCGUCGUGAAAUGGCCAUGGGUGUUAUGACACGCAUUGAAGAUUUAAAUACGGUUUUGGGUCAAACACAAGAUCAUCGUCAUCGUGUAUUGGUAGCUGCCGCUAAGAACCUAAAGAAUUGGUUUGUUAAAGUUCGUAAAAUAAAAGCCAUCUAUCAUACAUUGAAUCUAUUCAAUUUGGAUGUAACACAAAAGUGUUUAAUUGCUGAAUGUUGGGUGCCGGUGUUGGACAUUGAAACCAUACAAUUGGCUUUGCGUCGUGGUACUGAACGUUCGGGUUCGUCGGUGCCACCUAUUUUAAAUCGUAUGCAAACCUUUGAAAAUCCUCCUACGUAUAAUCGUACGAAUAAAUUUACUAAAGCUUUUCAAGCAUUAAUUGAUGCCUAUGGUGUGGCUACGUAUAGGGAAAUGAAUCCGGCUCCUUAUACCAUUAUUACUUUUCCCUUUUUGUUUGCUGUAAUGUUUGGUGAUUUGGGUCAUGGUGCCAUUAUGGCUUUGUUUGGUCUUUGGAUGAUACGCAAGGAAAAGGGUUUGGCUGCUCAAAAGACAGACAAUGAAAUAUGGAAUAUUUUCUUUGGUGGUCGUUACAUUAUCUUCUUGAUGGGCGUAUUUUCCAUGUAUACCGGUUUAAUCUACAAUGACAUCUUUUCGAAAUCCUUAAAUAUUUUCGGUUCACAUUGGCAGGUGAAUUACAAUGCUUCCACGGUAUUGCAUAAUAAAUAUUUGCAAUUGAAUCCGGAAGUAAGUGACUACAUGGGUACUCCAUAUCCGUUUGGCAUGGAUCCAAUAUGGCAAGUGGCUGGUGCCAAUAAAAUCAUUUUCCAAAAUGCUUACAAAAUGAAAAUUUCCAUUAUAUUCGGUGUUAUACACAUGAUUUUUGGUGUAUUGAUGUCUUAUCAAAAUCACACCUAUUUCAAGAAUCGUUUAUCGCUGAUCUAUGAGUUUAUUCCACAAAUGAUUUUCUUGAUAUUUUUGUUCUUCUACAUGGUUUUGUUGAUGUUUAUUAAAUGGAAUCGUUAUGCUGCUACAAAUCCACAACCCUAUUCUGCAUCCUGUGCUCCUUCCAUUUUGAUAACAUUUAUUGAUAUGGUUUUGUUUAAUACACCAAAAAAGGCUCCAGAUGGCUGCGAAGUGUACAUGUUUGCUGGACAACACUUUUUCCAAAACGUAUUUGUUUUAAUAGCUUUGGCCUGUAUUCCUGUUAUGUUGUUGGGUAAACCCCUACAAAUCAUGAAACAACGUAGACAAGCUAAUGAGGAGGUACAACCUAUAACUGGCUCUAGUGAUGCUGAAGUUGGUAUGUCAAAUGGUCAAGCUGCUGGUCAUGGCGGUGCUUCUCAUCACGAUGAAGAGGAAAUGUCCGAAAUAUUUAUUCAUCAAGGCAUUCAUACAAUUGAAUACGUUUUGGGUUCUGUCUCUCAUACUGCUUCCUAUUUACGUCUCUGGGCUUUGUCACUGGCUCAUGCACAACUUGCUGAAGUCUUAUGGAAUAUGGUAUUGUCAAUUGGUUUGAAACAACAAGGCUGGUUAGGUGGCAUUAUGUUAACCAUUGUCUUUGCUUUCUGGUCCAUUUUAACUGUUGGUAUUCUAGUACUAAUGGAGGGUCUUUCAGCGUUUUUACAUACAUUACGUUUGCAUUGGGUUGAAUUCCAAAGUAAAUUCUAUCAGGGUCAAGGAUAUGCAUUCCAACCAUUUUCAUUUGAUGCCAUUAUUGAAAAUGGUGCUUCUGCUGGACCCAAUGAAAAUGAAUAAAUUAAAGGACUUAAAAUUUCCUUAAUUCAUAAAUUUAAAGAAAAUCUCAUACACAUAUAUAUUUAAAACGUAAUGAAUUUAUUUAAAACAAAAGUUAAUGGUUAUUAGUCAUAAUAGAGCAGCGAUAAAUUACUUUUAAAACUUAUUUACAUAAUAUGUAUUUAAUAUUUAUACAUUUAUUAUUCAAACAUAAUUCAUUCAAUAUUGUAUUUAUUUAGCAAAGAAAAGUUAAUUGUGCAACCAAAGUUGAGAAAAUAUUUAUAAAAUACACAUAAAGAGAUUAAAAUUAUCUAAAAUAAACUUAUCUUAAUUGUUUAGCAAAUGUUUUUAAAAUAAAUAUAAAAGAUUAGCAUUAGUAAACCAAAAACAAAACAUUUGUUAGUCUACACAUAUAAAUAUAAUUUAAAUAUAAAUAUAUAUUUUAGCCGGUGACUAAAUCACUACUACAUAUAUAGAAUUAUUUCAACAGAUUUUAUGUAAAGUUUAAUGCAGUUAAAUAAAAUCGUUUGAUUGAUUGAUGUUGAGUGUUUAAUACAAAAAUUUCCAAUUAAAAUUAAACUUAAAUAUAUAUUAGCAUGUUUUAAUCAGUAAUCACAUGAAUUUAUAUACAAUAUUUAUAUUAAUAACUUUUACUAUUCAACUAAUUGUAUGUAUUUAUUACAUGACAUUCAUAUAUAAUUUUUAGUAAAUGUUAUUUGCUUGGCAUAUUAAUAUCUAAUAAAAAAAAGCUUGAAAUAGGCGCUAUUCCGAAACAGGCGAAA